AUGAUUACAAAUCCCAGAAGGCGGCCUUUCCCCGACCUCAGAUUCUUCGAUUCGGGCGUCGUCGGUGUUGGAAUGAGCAGUUUGUUGGUGCCCCUGCAAGGAGUGGCAUCAGAAUGCAUCAGGAACAUCCGAAGUCGUGGGGAUGCCGCUGCCAGGCUCUGGGUGCUCAUGUCGUGCUAUAUGGAUAAUGAGGGCCAUUUCUGCCGAGAGCUUCUCGUGUGUGUGAGAGACCCUGAGAGGGAUGCCUCUUUGCUGUCGUCUGUGACCAUCUUCCUAGAGGCUAAUGGUGAACUCCAGCUACGGCCGAUGAACAUCGUAGGGAGCUACUCGAAACUAUCGUAA